AUUUGAAUGUAUCUUUGGUAGUUCAAAACUUACUACUGAAGAUAUUGACCAAUUCAAUCAACUUAUUGAGUUUUAUUCUCCUGUUAUUGAUACAUUAGUGGCAUUGACAGAAUUAAAAAUGUUUAGGAACAAACUUGCAAGCCAAAAUAUAACACUGAAAUCAGAAUUUGAUGCUUUGUUAAAAUGCAAUGAAGAUUUAUAUCCUAAUAUUCAUUUUUUAUUUAUAAUUUUAUGCACCUUGUCACUUUCUACAGCUUGUCCGGAACGGUCAUUUUCAAGUUUAAAAAGGAUUAAAUCAUAUCUAUGCAACACAAUAUCUGAAAAGAGGCUAAAUGGUUUAGCAAUGUUAAGCAUUCAUCGCGAUAUUGACGUUAAUGUAGACGAAGUGUUGAAUGAAAUGUCUCAAAAACCAAGACGAAUAAAUAUUAUUUUGUGA